AGCACUAUAUGGCAGUUGAGAAGGGGAGGGCAAGAGCUCGGCCGCACUCGGGGCCGCCUGCGCUCAUCAAACGCUGCUCAUUGAACACACAGUGAGGCAGAGCUGGAGUGGAAAUAUUUUUAUGCCGCAAUAUGCGUGAAUUUCUAAAAUAAACCCGGGGUUGCUGGAGCCCUUCUGAGGGAGGUCUGGAUCAGUACCCAUCUGUGCGGGCCCUGAGAGGCCGACCCGUCAGACGGGCAUCAGCCGAGCACAUUACAUGCCAGCGUCUCUUCUCCGAGGUUGAAUCCCCUCUCCCCUGAAACUCUUUCAUUCAUCAGAAAGAGCAGAGGAUAUUUUGACCCUAGUGCGGCAGCCGGGCUGCUCCUCAACACACAGAUGAAUGAAGACCCCAUUCGGGAAGAACGCCGCCCAGAGAUCCAGAGCUGAUGCAGGGCAUGCUGGUGUCUCUGCAAAUAUGAUGAAGAAAAAGAACUCUCAUAAGAAACACAAAAGCAGCGUAGGCCCCACCAAAGCAGUGGCUCAGCCGCGGAGGAACAUCGUGGGCUGUCGUAUCCAGCACAUCUGGAAGGAGGGCAGCGGCACGGCGUCACAGUGGAAAGGCACAGUUUUAGACCAGGUGCCCGUCAACCCUUCGCUCUACCUGAUCAAAUACGACGGCUUCGACUGCGUCUAUGGCCUGGAGCUGCAUAAAGAUGAGCGUGUGCAGGGACUCGAGGUCCUGCCAGACAGACUCGCCUCGACGCGCAUCAGUGACGCUCACCUGGCAGACACCAUGAUCGGGAAAGCCGUGGAGCACAUGUUCGAGACGGAGGAUGGCACUAAGAACGAGUGGAGGGGAAUGGUUCUGGCCCGGGCGCCCAUCAUGAACACAUGGUUCUACAUCACGUACGAGAAAGACCCGGUGCUCUACAUGUAUCAGCUGCUGGAUGACUAUAAAGACGGAGAUCUGAGGAUCAUGCCAGACUCCAACGACUCACCCCCGGCGGAGCGUGAGCCCGGAGAGGUGGUGGACAGCCUCGUGGGGAAGCAGGUGGAAUACGCCAAAGAGGACGGCUCUAAACGAACUGGGAUGGUUAUCCAUCAGGUGGAGGCCAAGCCCUCCGUCUACUUCAUCAAGUUUGAUGACGACUUUCACAUUUACGUCUAUGACCUGGUGAAAACAUCGUAAGGUGGCGACACGAGACGAGGAGAGGGGGAGGAGUUUCACCUAACCAUGUGAUCCACAAACAUUUUUUGCCAAAAGUUCUCUCAGAACGUUUCUCAUAACAUCUUUUGAAAAUGUAACGCUGGAUAUUUCGGUGGAUUACCGCUAGUCAAGUGUCUCUUAUCGUUGAUGGAUGAACGGACAUCCCAUCCCCCGACAUACACACGUAGCUUCAUAUUUCAGAGGUUCGUCUCGAGCAUUUCCCAUUCCUGUUAGUUGUUCCGAAGACGUUCGUCGGGAAAAUACCAUCUGGCCUUUCUGGGCUGUUAAAGUGUUCAUCUGUUGGACUGUAACAGCUCCAUCUUGGGUUAAAAAUUCAAGCUUGCAGCAUUCGCCGAUCCUGGGGAAACGGUGAAAAUGAAAUGCGCAAGGCUUUUAUCAUUUCAGACGUGAGAAAUGCGGCGGUCCUUGAGGAAUGGGGAGCGUUCGGGACGUCCUAAACCACGUAAAAGUGCCAGGAGGUGGAGGGCGGGAGAUGAUGUCUGUAAAUAAGACAUCUUUCUGUCCUUGAUGUCUUCGAGUCGGUUUCCAGAUGUUUCACGUUUUAUCCCUCCGUCUUCUGGUUCUCGCACACGAGCUCUGCUGUCACUGAAACGUAGGCAUUUGUGGCGUGAAACCAUACUGUUGUGUUUUUAUGUAUUUUGUUUUCUUCUUUUUUUAUUAUGCAUAUAUAUAUAUA